AGCCAGCCAGUGCUGUGGAGUGACUCAAAGAUUAAUAUUCACCUAGCCUGGGGCAUGUAUGUGGACCAUUUAGAUUCACAGAACAGUCACUCUGGCCUGAGAAUGGGCCCCAUCCUUGAUCUACCCAAGCACCAUAGCUGCAUUUGGAAGAUGGGUUCCCUUUCCUCAGUAACACCACUCCCACCCCCCAGAAAUUUCAUGCACAGGCAUACAUUGUAAACCAAGCCCGGGAAGUGAUGGGAUGGGCGGCCAAAAUCAGCCGCUAAGGCGGGGGGAGAAAUUGCCCAAAGCUCACCACAGCUAUAGAGCAGGGGCAACCGUGGGGUUUCUGAGAGCGCUGGCACGCACACGCAACCGGGUCCUGUGCCAGGGCCUGCCUUCUGGCGCUCUCCAUCUCCGGCCCCUCUCUCUCCGCCUCACUCCACCCCCUGAAGGCGGUUGGUACGUUCUGGAUGACUCUAAGAGCUUAAAAAGGGCCCGGGAGGGCGGAUCCCGCAGAUUUGGUCUUGUUCGGUGCGGUGCACUAGGCUGGUCUCUGGUGACUCCUAGAUUUGAGUCUCGAUACCCUUGCAAGAGCGUCUAGUGCAGUGGGUCCCGGGCGUUCCGGGUCCUGGGUGUGUCGGCUGUCCAGCCUGCAGCCCCGGGGUCCUCCGCAGCCGGUCUGGAGGGACGCGCCACAGCCCUGCGGGGAUGGAACGGACGGAGCUGCUGAAGCCUCGGACCCUGGCCGACCUCAUCCGCAUCCUGCAUGAGCUCUUCGCGGGCGACGAGGUCAACGUGGAGGAGGUGCAGGCUGUGCUGGAAGCUUACGAGAGCAAUCCUGCCGAGUGGGCUUUGUACGCCAAAUUCGACCAGUACAGGUACACCCGAAAUCUUGUGGAUCAAGGAAAUGGGAAGUUUAAUCUGAUGAUUCUGUGCUGGGGUGAAGGACAUGGCAGCAGUAUUCACGAUCACACGGACUCCCACUGCUUUUUGAAGAUGCUGCAAGGAAACCUAAAGGAAACAUUGUUUGCCUGGCCUGACAAAAAAUCGAAUGAGAUGAUCAAGAAGUCAGAAAGAACCUUGAGGGAAAACCAGUGUGCCUACAUUAACGAUUCCAUCGGGUUACAUCGAGUGGAGAAUGUCAGCCACACAGAGCCCGCCGUGAGCCUCCACUUGUACAGCCCGCCUUUCGAUACAUGCCAUGCCUUUGAUCAAAGAACGGGGCAUAAAAACAAAGUCACCAUGACAUUCCACAGCAAAUUUGGAAUCAGGACUCCAUUUCCAACUUCAGGCUCACUGGAGAACAACUAAAGCAUACCAAGUCCUGCAAAGUUCUGCUCCUGGGUCCUCUGAAUGUUUACUUUGGGCAGAGAGGCCACCCACCAUUUGCUGUCCAGUAACACAGUUCAAUAAGCCCAUGCUCGGUUCUUCUGCAAAGUGGUCGUUAAGGAGGCAAAGGUGUCCUGAGCUACGCAGGAGAAAAAUCCCACUAAAGAAAAUCUUGCAUGAUUUUUAAUGGCCAAAUCACAUUGUUCUGGGUUCUUCUGUCCUCUAAUCCAUGGAAACUCUACUGGGGGGGGGGGGUCACUGGGGGCAUCUCAGCCUUUGGUAACUCUCUGGUCUCGGAACUGUAAUAAUCUAAAGUAAAAGUCAGAAACUACAAGCUAUCAAACGUCAGUUUUGAUAUACCUGGAAGACUAAUGCAGAAAUCUUUAAUAUACUUUGUAUGUUCUUAAUAUCUGAUGGGAAUUUUUUUAAUCUGGAUUUUAUUUUUUCAAGCCUAUUUGACAAAUUCCUAUGGAGAAUAGGGAAGCACAUAGAAGUUGGCUCCUUGGUACUGGCCAGCAAUGGUUUAGAAAUGCGCAUGGACCCAGACCUCCUGCAAACAAAAAACUGAAACUGUGUGUAAUGUGUCCCCCCUCGGUACUGCCACCAAAAUUGCCAAACAACUUUAAUAAAACCGGAUUUGAGAAGAA